UCUCCUCUCAUGUAAAAAGAUAUCACCAUUCACUAUCUCUUGUUAAGUGGAGGGGAGAGAUAUACUACGCCCGUGCUCCCGUACAGAGUUCUAGUAUUCAAUCUAUUCGGGUAGCCUGCAGGCCCUGCACAGAGACACUGUUCCCAACCUAUUAACCGGCAGGCGAGUGUCACACCGUUGGGUUCGUUCCGCACUUGCGAUUCGGGAAUUGGAGAACGUCGAUCUAUCGUUCUGGUGGCUCUCCAUGGAAGUUAAGAACUCCAUUGAAGAUCUUUCGCACAUUGAACUAUUUACCUUUAAGAGGAACGAGAGCUAAGGUGUAACCAUAUUUCUGUAGUUGGUCAUCAUGGAAAAAAUCUUAGAGUUUGGGAGGAAAGCAUUGUUCUAUGUUAGGGUCCUCUCAGGAUAUGAGGAGAGAAGGAUUAGAUCUUAUAGAUUGCAACUUCAACGACAACUUGAACAGAAGCAAGCAAGGAAGGCAGCAUUGAAUAGGAUCCCGGAGCAGGUUAUUUUAUCAGAGGUUCGCCGUAUGGUUGAGGAGAUGCAGACAGUGAAUCGGAAACUCGAAGAAACAGAGGCUGCCAUCGAUGAGUACUUCAAGCCACUCGAUAAGCAGGCUGAGGCUAUAAUGAAUAUGCAGCUUGAAGGAGAGGAAAAGAGAAUGAAGGAAAUGGUGAAGGCCAUGCGUGAGCAGGCUUUGCUUGAGAAAGUUGAAGCAGAGAAGAUGGAAAAAAUGAGCAAUGUGGAUUCAGACCAAUCUCGCAACACAACAUCCUCUCUUGACAAUAAAGGUGGUGAGAUGAGAUGAUGUGUGAAAAUUUGUCAUCAUAUUUGCGAAUAAAAAUGCAAAGAGGAUGGCUGGGUGGCCCACUGUAUUCUGCCAUGUGGCAUGUCAAGUUAGAUUUUGUUGGAGAUUUGGAUUCCAACAUUUUUGCUCACAUGUCGAGUUUCAGCCCAGGGGGAGUUUUCCAAGUGGAAAACAUAGCAUUGGAAAAUCUGAGACUACCAACAAGGUGUAUCAGAGAGUGGGUGCAUUGACAUGCAAUGUGAUCGACAUGCUACCAAUUGUGCUAAGCAGUCGUUCUUGUUCAUGGACAUACUUGGGAGGAUAUGAUAUAUGGGAUGGUAAGGGCUGCAUGAUAACCUUUUUGUUUCUCAGCAACAUUUUUUGAAAAAAAAAAAAAAAGAGAUGGUAACAAACGGAUUUCUGAGUGCCA